AUGACGGAACACCAGGUUCCAUCGCCUGGACCAGCUAAGCUCAGGCAUAAUGCUGGCCCAGACGAAUGGCUCGAAGCAUCCAAGAACUGCAAGUACCUAUCAGAGCACCACAUGAAACAAUUGUGUGAUAUUGUCAAGGAGUUUAUGAUGGAGGAAUCAAAUAUUCAACCUGUAUCCUCGCCAGUCACGAUAUGCGGAGAUAUCCAUGGGCAGUUUUACGACCUGCUUGAACUAUUUCGUGUGGCGGGCGGAAUGCCCAACGAGACGAACGUCGAAGCCCCGAUCACCGCUCCAUCAGUCAUCACAUCCGCAGAUAUCGAACCCCCGUCAACAAUAACAGACCCGAAACUGCGAAAAAAGGUGAGAAAUGCAGAUGAUCUAGAGGAGACGGACGAUAAUGCGUCGGCAUCUGGACGGGGCCGAUCUGGCAGUGUAGUGUCAAAAGAUGGCGUUUCUGCUUCGCCUCCCGGGAAUUUUGUCUUUCUCGGAGACUAUGUAGAUCGAGGAUAUUUCAGUUUAGAGACAUUGACUUUAUUACUAUGUCUAAAGGCUAAAUAUCCCGACCGCAUCACACUAGUGCGAGGUAAUCACGAGUCAAGGCAAAUCACCCAAGUCUAUGGUUUCUACGAGGAAUGUUUCCAGAAAUAUGGGAAUGCUUCUGUCUGGAAAGCGUGUUGUCAGGUCUUCGACUUCAUGACGCUAGGCGCCAUUAUUGAUGGAAAAGUGUUGUGUGUGCAUGGCGGACUGAGCCCGGAAAUCAGAACACUUGACCAAGUGCGCGUAGUCGCGCGGGCUCAAGAGAUUCCUCAUGAAGGAGCAUUCUGUGACCUGGUCUGGUCUGACCCAGAAGACGUUGAGACAUGGGCUGUCAGCCCGCGAGGAGCUGGAUGGCUUUUCGGAGACAAAGUCGCCGAAGAAUUCUGCCAUGUCAACGACCUCAACCUGAUCGCGCGAGCUCACCAGCUUGUCAACGAAGGUUACAAAUACCAUUUCGAUAAGCAAAAUGUGGCUACCGUGUGGAGCGCACCAAACUACUGCUAUCGAUGUGGUAAUCUGGCAUCGGUGUGCGAGGUGCGCGAGGACCUGAAACCAACAUUCAAACUGUUCAGCGCUGUCGGCGAUGACCAGCGACAUCUUCCUGCGUCAAGACCCGGGCGUAGUGAAUACUUUUUGUAG